AUGGCCAGCGAUCAUUCGAUGGAUCUUGAAAAUUUGGCAAAACUUCAAACGGAGGGCGUGAACCCUCGGACGGUGCAUAUUGACCAGCUUUCGACGUUGGACAUGUGCACCCUGAUCAAUUCCGAUGACCAGCAUGUCCCCCACAGUGUGGUUCCUUGUUUGCCUGAGAUCGCAGGCGCGAUUGACGCAUUAGCACCACGCGUAUCUCAAGGCGGACGAGUGAUCUAUGUGGGCGCUGGAACGAGUGGGAGACUUGGAAUUCUGGACGCGUCAGAGAUCCCACCGACCUUCGCAGCGCCUCGCUCACAAUUCUUGGGGUUGAUCGCAGGUGGCGAUGAAGCAAUCAGACAGGCACAGGAGGGCGCUGAGGAUGAUCGGCUCGCUGGCGAAGAAGACAUGCGUCGGUUGAAUCUGAACCCUGAGCUCGAUAGCAUCAUCGGCAUUGCAAGCUCGGGUCGGACACCAUAUGUUCUGGGCUGUCUUGCAUUUGCCAAGGGACUCGGGUGCAUGACAAUCGGACUGGUUUGUACCAGUCCGUCGGCCAUCGGUCUUUCGGGGGAUGCUGAUUUCGUCAUCGCGCCGUUGCCGGGUCCUGAGGUGGUCACUGGGAGCACAAGAUUGAAGGCUGGCACGGUUACGAAGCUCGUGUUGAACAUUCUGAGCACAGGCACUAUGAUAAAGACGGGAAAGACGUAUGGAAACAUGAUGGUCGAUAUGGUGGCCUCGAAUUUGAAACUCGAACAGCGCUCCCGUAACAUGCUGCGGAGUGUGAGUGCGAGAUGUAACACGUUCUCAGAUGCGGAAUUGGACUCCCUUCUUGUUGAAUGCAACCACAGUGUCAAGUUGGCUAUAUUGGUUGCCGAAUCACAAUGCUCAGUCGACGUGUGCGAGAAGCAUCUUGCAUCUACCGGGGGUGUCUUGGCUAAAGCAUUAGCUGUAAUCAAUCGACCGAACGAGAACACCGUUGUUGAAUCUAUUGCGUCACGUCCCUUUGUUCUGUGCAUCGACGGGGGUGGCACCAAAUGCGCCGCCACUGUGACUGAUGCCACAGGGGUUGUAUAUCAAGGCUGUUCCGGGCCCUGCAAUCUAACCGACCACGUUGGGGAUGUUGACAGCGUGAUAUCUACGAUACUUGAGGCGACCAAGUCCGCACUCAAGGGUGUCACCAAUGGCGGAGCUGGAGCAGAACCAUGGCAGAAAACUGUUCGGACAUACUUUAACUCCGUGUGGGUUGGUCUAGCUGGUUUGGACAGGGCCGGGUUUCAAGACCGGCUUUCACCAAAGUUGGCCGAGGCUUUCGGGAUUGAUGAUCCCAAGAAUGUCCGAUUGACCAACGACGUUGACCUGCUGACCGCAGCCAUACCUCUAUCCCAUGCCAGGUGUCCUGCAUUGAUUGUCAUUGCAGGGACUGGGAGUGUUGCAAUGCAAUACAAGUGGUCUGCAGACCACCAGGAGUACAAGUGUGUCGCUCGGUCUGGUGGCUGGGGACAUAUUCUCGGAGACGAAGGGGGUGGGUAUGCGAUUGGCUUGAAAGCGAUACAACAUACCCUUGGUCUCUUUGAGGAUGUCUCUCUCGGCCUUGUCAAACCUGACAGCGAUCAGCUGGCAAUGGCUGUAGCUGCCAAACUGGGCUUUCAUAUCCGCUCCAACGUCGGUAUGGAUCUUUUGAACGAUCUCCUGGCUCAGAAAUGUACACAGGGCGCUAAAAGGCGUAUCGCUGGUGUUGCUGAAGCUGUGCUCAAUCUCAUGGGUGAUUGCAAGGUUGCAGCAGGCAUUGUGAAGGCCCAAGUUGGCAAACUGAUUGGUGAAAAUUUGAGUCGGCUGGUGAAUCCAGACGCUCUGGAAUACCAGGUACCGGAGCAGUCUGUGUUGAUACUGGCAGGUGGGCUCUUGAACCAUGACCGAUAUAGAGCGACCUUUGAGGAUGAACUUGAUUCCCGCCGGCUAUACUUUCGCGGAACCGUGGUGGUCGAGAAUGCUUCUGUUGUAGGUGCAAGAUAUCUCAGUCGCCGAGUUUGA